AUGUGGUUUCUCCCACUUCUAUGCUAUAUAUUUGCAUUGGUCUUGACAUUGACAGGUAUCCAAUAUCAUAUAUCUAUAUUUAAAUAUCCAGCAUAUCUUGUGAUUCCAUUUACAUUAGCAGUCUUCAUACCAUUAUCAAUUACGUUUUUAUUGCCCCUUGAUUACGUAGCGCAUAACUCACCGCUGUCUAUAAUAUGGUUCGAUUUACCUGAUAAGGUUAUAUUAUACUUGUGGAAAUUUAAUUAUUGGAUAACUUUCUUGUUGACGUGGUUAAUUUUACCAUUGUUGCAAGAGUUUUUCAGGUCAGGGUAUUUUAAUAUAUUAAGUAAGUUUAAGGAUGCUGUGAAACGGAAUAUCAAGUUUCAGUUGAUUAUCUUAGGUGUUUCUACUGCAGGGUUAGUUUAUCUAAUAUUGGAAGUAGGGUUGUCGCUCAGUCAUUUGAAGUUGAUGAUUAUUGCACUUUCGCAUAUUUACUCCUUGGUAUUAGCCUUAUGGCUCAUGGCUCACGGAUUGAUUAGCAUCCCGAGAAAUAAAUGGAUCAGUGGAAGCUUGUUGCAGGACUUAAACCACCAUUAUCUCAAGGUUCCCAAGUUAGUAGAUAAUUUAGAAGAUAUCAAAAUCACGUUCAAAGAAGACGUUUUACAAGUAUUAGUGUUAACAAAGAACUUCACCAGUACUUCGGGUGAAGACUUCCGUUUUAGAGAUUGGAUCUUACAAUUACAUAAAAAGAUUCCACUCGAUAUAAAAGAAUUCAUGGAACAACAGUACACCCAUGAUGAUCCAGGUAACACGAUUAGCAGGGAUCAAGUGACAACACAUUUCAUGACUAAAUUAACGGCUAAUUUCAAUCUGAAUUUAAAUAAAUUAAAUUCUUACGAAGCUGAAUUUAACUCAGUAUUAAAAAAAAUUGUUUCAUUAGAAGAUGUAUUGAAUUGCAGUGCAAAUGACAACUUACAACAAAGAAGUCGCUUGGUUUAUAGAAUCGAUAACCAUCUAACAUUAUUACUGCCUAAAAAUAAGUUCAUGUUGGAGUACUAUAUCAGACCAGUCAUUAAUAGGUUGUUAUCUAUUGUUUUAUUCGUAUCAUCCUUUAUAAUACUUGAAUCUGAAUUUUUUCAUUCGACCCCAAUUUCAUUGAUGAACAUAUUGAUUUAUUCAACAGGAAUCAAUAAUCAUAAUUUGCUUCAGUUGAUUGUUUGCUGUAUUACAUUUUCAUACAUGCUUUUUGCAUCUUUGAAUUCUUUAACUCGCUUGAAAAUUUUCAAUAUGUAUCACUUGGUCCCUCAUAAUUCAGAUCCUGUAUCGGCCUGUUUCUAUACAACGUAUAUUGCCAGAUUAACUAUUCCAUUGUCUUACAAUUUCAUAACAUUGUUUGUGUCCCGUAACUCAAUAUUUGAAUCAUGGUUUGGUAAGUCAAUUCAUUUAACCGGCUUGUUUAACUCCAUGAAUAACUGGAUACCUAGAUUUGUGCUAAUUCCCGUUUUGCUAACUGUUUUCAAUGUUUACGAUAAGUUGAAAAAGAAAAUGGGUCUUACAUCUGAUAUGUACGACUCAUGGGCCGUUUUUGACGACGACGAAAACGGAGAACCUAACGGUGACAUUGAAAAUCUCAGCAAUAAGCGCAAAGAUCUAAUCAUUGUUGAAGCUAAGCGUAUAAUUAACAGAGAAAUGCUUAAAUUAUCGCAACAACGCUCGUCUCGUCCUGAGAGCUUACGGCCGUUUAAUUUGACGAAUGCUGCAAACCUAAAUUACGAGACCAACAGAUUACAAUUUAACAAUUCCUUGAUGGAACCUACAAAUCAAAGGGUGGACGCAUCUUAUAAUGACGAUGUUCCUGAUAAUACGAACGAUGUAAAUGGUUCUGGAAUCCAAAACAGUAAUAUAUGGGGUAAACUAGGCGGUGUUAUCAACGGUAUUAGGUCCAAUGUAGCUACAACUUUCAAUCAAAAUAAUGCUAGGGCAUAUAGGGAUGAUCCAGACGAUCCAGAUAACAUUUUACUUUAG